UCGAACUGUACAACUCUAAUUCUAAUAGAAUUAAAACUGUCUAUAAAAUGGGUAAAAGAGCUGCCGGGUUCGUAAUAUUUAGAAGAUUACGAGAUGAAGUUGAGUAUUUACUACUCAAAGCAUCGUAUGGUGAUUUUCACUGGAGUUCCCCGAAGGGACACGUAGAUCCAGGCGAAGAUGACUAUGCAACGGCUGUCAGAGAAACUCAAGAGGAAGCUGGAUAUUCCGAAGACGACCUUAUUAUUUACAAGGACAAUCCAAUAACUUUGAACUAUGAAGUAAGAGGGAAACCAAAAUCAGUAAUUUAUUGGUUAGCUGAAUUAAAAGAUGUAUCCAAAGAACCUGUACUUUCAGAAGAACACACAGAACUGAAAUGGUUGAAUAAAGAAGCCGCUAAAGAAAUUGUGGGUUAUAAGGACAAUCAGCAAAUGAUUGAAAAAUUUCAUGAAACUAUUUUAAAACUAAAUAAUAAAUCAAACUGAGUAGACAAUCUAA